AAGAAAUGGGUGAGGGAAGAGGUGAUUCAUUAAUGGUGGGGAGAUUGGUGUUUUGUUUGUUGUUGCUACAACAAUUAGAGAUGGGUUAUGCAGCCAUUUACACUGUUGGAGAUGAGCUUGGAUGGACCUUUAAUGUCUCCUCUUGGCCUAUUGGAAAGAACUUUCAUGCUGGGGAUAUUCUUGCAUUCAACUACACCCCAUCAGCACACAAUGUGGUAGUUGUUGACAAAGUGGGUUACAAUUGGUGUUUGAUUAAUCCAAUAGAAGCCACUGUUCAUCAUUCAGGAAAGGAUCAAAUCAAGCUUGUUGAAGGCAUGAAUUAUUUAAUCUGCAGCCUCCCUGGGCAUUGCCAAAUGGGAAUGAAACUUGCCAUUACCGCUACUUAAUCUUACUUAAAAGGAGUUUCAAAACUUCAUAUUUAACCUUCCUUAUGUUUGAUCAAACUUAUUAUGAGUUUGAUCUGCCAAUUAUGCUACAAUAAACUUAAUUAUUCAUGUUUUGUCUUUUUAUGUUAUGUAAUAAAUUGGACUUGAUUAUUCUUCUAA